AGUGCACAGCCAAUGGACAAGUUAGUUAUUCGAUUAGUGCUGCUUAUACAUCUAAUAUGUAUGCUAGAUGGCAAACUGAUAAUGUUUAGCAACAUAACAUGUGAGAGCAAGGACUUCAGUGUGGCCAAAGUCGAAUACUGUUAUGUACAUCAAGUGAGCCAUAUUAAGAACUAUAUGAGCCUACGCUAUAGCAUGUUCAAGCCCGUAAUGAACGGCGUUAUUUUUCAUGGCAAGUUUAUGAUCUAUCGCAAUGGCUGGCGCUCGUUUCUAUAUUCAAUCAAAAUGGACAUGUGCAAAUUCAUGGAACUGCGCUACAAUGCGCUGGCCAAGCUAAUAUUUGGGCUAACAGAUGGAAAAACGAAUAUAAAUCACACCUGUCCUUAUAAUAACGAGAAGUAUAUAGCCAUGGAUGAGAUCAUGAGCACGGAUUUGUCCAUGAGGCUGGGCGGCAUACCGCUGGGCAAAGGACAAUACGGCUUCUUUACGCGCUGGAUCUGGCAGAACGCUACGAAAGUGGAGACAAACAUUUUCUUCAACGUUGUAAGAGAUUAA